AUACCUAUAUAUUAGUGUAUUAUCUAUGGUUGUAAUCGAACGAUCGUUCAGAGUGGUCGUCGCUCUUACAUUUAUAAAUAAAUUAACCGCUGAUUCCCAAAGUAAUCAUGUCCCUCCAGGAGCAAUUCGACCAAGCUGCAGCUAAUGUUAAGAAGCUGAAGUCCCUCCCCAGUGACGGAGAUCUAUUGGAGCUGUAUGGUUACUUCAAACAAGCAACCGUUGGUGAUGCCGACCCUGCAAAUAAGCCCGGUAUGUUUGAUCUUAAGGGCAAGGCCAAGUUCGAGUCCUGGAGCAGCAAAAAGGGCACGUCAAAGGAGGACGCACAAAAGGCGUAUAUCGCUAAAGUCGAGAGCCUGAUCGCUUCUAUCGGUCUCCAGUAAAUACUUAUAAGCUAAAACACUACUAUUUCUUUAUAUUUAUUUAUACGUUGCCACCAUAAAUUUCGUGUUGUCAACAUAAGUUGUGUUACCAACAUAAAUGCUAUGUUGCCAGCAUUAUCGACAUAAUAUUAAGCGUUGUCAUUUUGUUACGUUUGUUGUGAUUUUUUUUAACAAGUUUUCGAACGCACAAAAUAAGUUAAAAUCCAUAUUCUUCCUUUAUAAGCAUUUAUUUACUAACAGAUAUUUGUGAUGGAAAUCACCAAACUAAGAAAAUUAUAAAAUUAAUAUAUGUAAAUCAUAUUUUUAUAUUUAAAUUUAUCUAGAGGUUUUUAUUAUGUUUAGCUAAUGGUGUGUCUAGAUUUGGUUUGUGAAGGUUGUUGACCAGAUUUCUAAAAAUUACCGUUAUGAAUUUGAGAUGCUUUUUGUUUUGGAGUCAUAACGUUUCUUAUAUAUUUAGUCUAUGGGUACAUCACAAUAUUGUAAGACUUGGAACACAACUCGGUGCUCUAUUUUAAUUGUUGUUCAAUAUCACAUAUUUUGUUAUUCUUUUUAUACCGGCGUCAAAUAAAUAAAUGGAAAUUU